AUGGUGGCGCAAUCGGAUCCGUUGCUAGGAGAACAUGGCGGGGGAGUGAAAGGAGCAGCCAGCAGCGCCCGGUGUUGUUACCCGAGCGGGGCACGCCCCCUUCCGCCCCCGCGCCAAUCGUCGUGCGAGGACGGCGCGAACGGCGCGCCUCUCCAGCGGCCGCCUCCAAUCGCGGCCGAACGCCGGCUUCCCUGGCCCCGUCUCGGCCAGUCAGAAGCGACACAAACCUCCGCAGGCCGCCCAAUCCGGGCGGACACAAACAGCGGGCACGCCCCAGUCUCCGAGUCACGGGCCCGCAGUGCGAAGUCAGCGGAGGGGAGAGGCGGGUCUCCGUGCUCUAGCCGUCGGCCAAUCGGACGGCACACAAACAGCCGCGGCCCCGCCCCGCCGGGCCCCGCAGCCAAUCGAAAGGGACGUAAACAGGCGGCGGCGCGCCCCCUGCUGGGCGGCGGCGCGCCGACGGACAAGCACGCGUCGCCCGCCAUGGAGGUGCCGGCCCUGCGGCCCGCGGCGGCCGCCGGGCUCCCGGCAGCGGCGGCGGAAGAGGGACCCGGCCGUGAGGCGGCGGGGCGGCGGAGCCUGGAGGCGCUGAGCCUGGCUGCCGGUGGGGCAGCGGCGGGGCGGCAGGUGCCGGAGGGGCGGCGAGCGACGCUGGCGAGCGCCCUGGAGCUGGAGGGCACGGUGCUGCGCGAAGGGCCCCUCACCCAGUUUGUGGCCAACAACCUGGAGCGGCGGAUCCGGCUGAGCGGGGCCCCGCGGGGCGAACAGCCGGCGGCGGCGGCGGGGGGCGGCACCGGCGGCGGCAGCUCCAUCCCUGCCAUCGACCCCGGAGCGCUGCAGGAGGUGGUGGCCCUGGCCGGGCAGGUGGCGGCGCAGGUGGACGAGCUGCUGCGCAACGUGCACUGCGGGCUGCAGGCCCUGACGGCCCUCAGCGUGGGCUGCAUCCAGACCUACCGCGACGGGGUGGAGAGCCUGGGGGAGGCGGCCGACCUCAGCAUCCGCGCCAUGUACGCGCUGGUGGCCCGCUGCGAGGAGCUGGACCGCGCCAUGCAGCCCGUGCCCGCCCUGGCCAAGCGCAUCCGCGACAUGAAGGGCACCCUGGAGCGGCUGGAGGGGCUCUGCAAGUAGCGCCCCCCUUCCCGCUGCCACCGGGAUGCCCAGCCAGGGGCCCACGGGGCUGGAAAGCCGGGCCCCAGCCCUGUGCCAGCAACGAGCCCGCUUGGGCCUUCGCCGGGCUCUUGGAGGGGGGCUCGGCCGGCCUGGCAAGCCCCGGCCCAGCGGCUCCUCGCCCCGCCGGGCUUCCCGGGGCUGCUGCUCUCCCUCGCCGGUAGCCCCGCCGCCGGGCCCGCACGCGGCAUCCUCAGCUCUUCACCUAAGACAUCCUUCCUCUCGCUCCGUGCCCCCCUCUGUGACCAGCCGACACCUGUGGCCGGCCACUUCCCUGGUGUUAAUCUGGAGGAAGGGAAGUUUUCUGCAACCGAUGAAGGCAAAGGUCCCAGUUGAAGUCGCGGGGUAAAUGGCAGACGGUGCUUUUUAGCUUCAGCUCCAUUAAAGAAUUUGGAUUCCACAUGCCUUACGCUUUCUAUUUAUUGAGGGCUAGGAAAAACUAACCAAUCUUAAUUAAAAGCGGCUGUUAAUAUUUUUUUUUAAACCAAAUUUAAAAUUGUUGUGAAUACUUGCUUGAUGCUUACAGGCAUACGUGCUUAUUUGUAGUUGACUUGGUGCCUGACGAGUAAUUCUCACUUGUGCUGUUACAGCAAACAAACACGCAGAACACUGCUGUUUCAUACAGGACAGAGAUGUCAAGAGAAGAUAAGAGGAAAUUUAAUAUAUAUAGCAAAGACACUUGCUGUCUGAGAAGAAUAUAAAAUCCGUGGAAUAUAAUUGAGGUUCAGAUAAGAUCAAAUCUAUUUGCAAAGUUCUAAAUAAAAGCCUUCAGAUAAAAUACGCUUUGCCUCAAUUAGUCUCUACAGUUUUCGCAGUGCAGAAGUUUAAAUGGCAUCACUGUGAAAUAUCCUGUGAUUUUGAUUUUUUUUUUUUUUUAAUUGGGAAAAUACCAAUUUAAUUAGAUGUGGCACUUGAAUAUGUGAUGAUGUUACAUGGGUGUAUGACUGACAUAAAAUGGGUACUUUGGGAGUAUUUAUUUGUAUAACUUGAAGCUUUUGUAUAUGCAUCGCUGUAUGCAGAAGUGAUUUUGCUGUAUCAGUAAGUAUUUCCUCUGAGGCCUGAGAGUAGCCGAAUUCUCUGCUUGCUAUGGUUCCUAUGCAACUAGCCUCUUAGAUGACGCUCUUUGCAAUCCAUUUAGGUUGCAGAUGUCCUUGUAACAAGAUUCAGCAGAGAAAUGAUCACUGUGAUCUUAUGUAUGUGUAAUGGUGCUUUCGGUGACCAGCGGCUCCUAAAAGCCUUGGAGCAAAAGUAGCCAGAAAUACUACACAAGUCCUGUAACUUUUGGUUGGAGAGCAGAUAGGUUUAUGAUGGGUGCAGCUGCCACCCCACCGUAAUCUCAUUAAAAACACCAAAUGAGCGGUGGAUGCUGUGGUACACUGCGCUGCUGCAUGUAAACAAUGCGGAAUUGUAACAAAAUAAUUUGGUUUUAUGCCACCCUGGUUUGCAUAAUACUAGUCUCUGGCCUAUUUUAGGCUGCUGAAUGUGGCCAUGUCUCUCCCUCAGCACAGGGAUGUGUUUCAUGUGUGGUCUUCCGUUCCUAGCAACGGGCUGUGCCACGGUCGUGAUCCUUGUGGUCACAGCUCUCGUGGGUGGUACUGUCUUCUGGGGAAUGGCUGUGGCUCCAGAAAGGGACCAGAGGUCUAACAGAGGUUGGUGGAGGAAACAGGAGAACUUAACUGCCCCUGCCCAUGGGCCUGGAAGACACUAAAGAUUUUGUAACACCAAAGCAACAGCUGUACUUUUAAUAAUUGUGGGGUGUUAUUCUUGGGAAAGUUUGAACUUGUCUGUCAUGGAGAUGCAGUACUUUUCCUGUGUAUGUUUUGUACAUGUCAAGAGGGAAAACCAAAGUUUGAUCUUCUUGCUUAACUUGUGAGUAUUGUUGAAAUGUUCAGGAAAGACCUGAAAGCUUAUUUGUAUAGCCACAUAUGUACAGCUAUGUGUUAUUCAGACAGGGUAAGGUGAAGCCUUUAAAGCAUAUGCAUUUCAGUACGCUAUUGGUUUUUGAUAGCAUUUUAUUUGCAGUCACCUACGUUCGAUGCUAAUUCCCUGCUAAAAUUGUCAAAUCUGUAGAAUAAAAUGAUUACUUUUAUGUUUUUAAUGGUUAGUGAUUAGUUGUUGUUGAAGUGUUUCGCUUCUUAAUUAUUGCUUUUCUUAUUUGGUAAAAUAAUUUGAAAGCUAAUUUAAACUCUGCUCCUGCAUCUGCACAGAGACCCAUUAAUGUGAUUGCAGAGCCGGUUUCAGUCUAGGUCCUCAGGCAGUAAUUUCUGACGCUGAUGUCAUUCAUGUGAUGAAAAAGGGAUGACUAGUGAAUUACAAGCAUGAGGGAAGCGGUAAUUACAUUGUUUGGCUUUGUUUUUUCUAAUAUCUGUCUGAAAGCUUCAGCUUGUUUGAAGAGCAGACUUCGCUGAGCUCGGUGAAGCGGCUCCUGUUCCCCGGUGUCUGCCUUGUAUGUCCCUGGGGCAGGCAUGGCCGAAACGAUGCCAGCCUGUUCCGUGCCACCACUGUCGAUGCCGAUCUGUUAUCACAUAGCUGCUAUGGUUUCCAGCCCCUUUCCCUGUCCAUGCCGACCUCCAUUGCUGCAGGAAUGGUGACACUUGCCAGCGUCUGUGCCAGCACUGCUCUGGUGCCAGCCCAGCCCUUAAAGUCCCAUGUGAACCGCUCGUGAGCUACGUGCGGCUCGGUAGCCACCAGUCAACCUGGUCCUUCUGCAGCCAGAGACUUGUGUACUGCCUUUUUCAUCCCAGUCCAGGCUUUCUUCUGCAUAUUCUGUGUUAAUUCUGGCACUUUCCACCUUUUGGAUGUUGAACAUGAAAGCUUUUGGGUUCUUUUAGGCUUUUUUUUUUUUUUUUUUUUGCUUAAUCAGUCAGUGAGUGGAGUAAAUCCAUGUUUGGGUUUUCCAAGACCUUCAAAUGGGUUUGCAUAUAUUUUCUUGCUUAGUCACUCAGCUUUACAAUUGGUCUUGUUUUUCUUUCCUCGUCAGCUGCUGAGAACUUUUCAUUGUAACAACAUGGGCAAGGUCAAAGAAGAAAACUAACAAAUGACGUGCAGAGCACUAAGCAAAGCCAGAUACAGAAUUAGCUGUGUGCCAGGAAUGACUUCCCUGCUGUGAUAACUGCCAGUGACUCUGUUAGGAAUUAGGUUACUCUGUUAGGAAUUAGGUUAGUUUGAUAAUUCUUUUUUUUUUUUUUCUUCAGGGCGAGUGUUGCCUCUGACUACGGAAAUCCUCUUUCUGAUGAAGGCUGGGACUUUCCAGUGACGUGUCCUCAGCUGGAAGGAGAGGGGAGUUUCUCAUCGCUGAGCAACAUGGGGAUUUUCCAUUUUCCAGAACGCUUCCCGCCUGCCAUUUAUGGUUGAUGAUACGGUCUAGUUUGGUUUUGUUUCCCUCUUUAAAGAAGGAGAUGUGCAACUACAAGCCUUUCAUCUCUCCUGCUCCAAUGUCAUCUGCUUUCUUUUGUCUGCCAAGAGCAACUGGAAAGUGAUAACAGUGUGUGUCCCCGGUUUUCCCCCGUUCAUCAUUUUCCACAGCCACCCCCUGUACCACAUGUCCCCCGGCAAAAUCUUGUUCUGGACCUCAUCGCAUCUCAGUGUUACUGUAUCGUCCCGCUUAUCUUCUGUCUUCAGUUGCAUGACUUACUACAUCAGUGGUGUUAUCGUACUACCAAGGCACCAACCUUCUUAUUUAGCUCAGUUAUGUCCUCUUUCAGCUGCCCUUGUUGUUUUUCAUACAUAUUCCACCUCAAAAUUCAAAAUGUUUAUCUGCAAGUCCUGGCUGCCUACCCGACCCGUUCUCUUUUGAUGUCACCCAUUCCUUUAUUCUUUAAAAUCUCUUAGUAAAUUACCUUACGCGUGCUUUCACUGUGCCUUCCUUGCUGCUGUCUUCUACAAAGCUCCUUGUAUCCAGGAUACCCAUUCUUGUUUUUAAAUCAACCCUCGUGAACAGGCAACUGAGAAACUACAUAGAUAGUAGAUUUCUACUUAUUACACUAAGCAGAAGGCAUUACAGAAAAAUUAAACAUCUGUAACAGAAGAGAGCUAGGUCUUAUUACAUGGUCCUGAUCUACUUUAAUAAUACACCAACAAAUGCAAAUAAAACUGAACAAGCUGUUUGCAAAAUAA